GGGCGGGGCCAUGCUUGCUCUCUGAACCGUGAGGUUGUGGUUUCUGCCGCCGCUAGGCUGGGAACCCGGCCUCAGCUUUUGUUGGCGGCGACACCUCGGAUGACCGCAGGAGCCUUAGGGAGGACGUUAGGGACCCCAGAAGCUGGGAAAUGGAUUCAGUGGCUUUUCAGGAUGUAGCUGUGGACUUUACCCAAGAGGAAUGGGCUUUGCUAGAUCCUUCCCAGAAGAAUCUCUACAGGGAUGUAAUGCUGGAAACCUUCAGGAACCUGGCUUCUGUUGGAAACAAAUGGAAAAAUCAGAACAUUGAAGAUCGGUACAAAAAUUAUGGGAGAAAUUUGAGAAGUUAUGUGGUAGAGAGACUCUGUGAAAGUGAAGAAGGUGGUCAGGCUUUAAAUAUUAAUCAGAGCAAGAAAAUUCCUGCUGGAGUAAAACCAUGUAAAUGCAGUGUGUGUGGAAAAGUUUUCCUGUGUCAUUCAUCCCUUAAGGGGCACCUGAAAUCUCACUCCAGAUACAAGGCACUUGAGUGUGAGGAAUAUGGAGAGAAGCCACAUAAAUGUGAACAGUGUGGGAAAACCUUCAUUUCUCUCAGAAGUGUUGGAAGACAUAUGGUGACCCAUAGGAUAAAAGGCUCUUAUACUUGUGAGUUGUGUUUGAAAGUCUUUGAUUCCCCCAGUUCAUUUCAAAUACAUCAACAAACUCACACUGGAGCCAGACCCUCUGAUGACAAGCAGUGUGGGAAGACCUUUCUUUGUUCUAGUUCAUUUCAAAUCCCUGGCAGAAUUCACAGUGUAGAAAAAUCUUACGAAUGCAAACAAUGUGAUAAAGCUCUGAGUUGUUCCAGUUCCCUUCAUAGACAUGGAAGAUCUCAUAAUGAAGAAAAUCCCUAUAAAUGUAAACAAUGUGGUAAAGUUCUUAGUUCUUUCAAUUCCCUUGGAAUACAUGAAAGAACUCACACUGAAGCAAAAACCUACAAAUGUAAACAAUGUGGUAAAGUACUCAGUUCUUCCAAUUCCCUUAGAGUACAUGAAAGAACUCAUGCUGAAGACAAGUCCUUUGAGCGUAAACAAUGUGGUAAAGCUCUCAGAAGUCACAGUUACCUUCAAGAACAUGAAAGAACUCAUAUUGAAGGAAAACUCAAUGAACAUGAACAGUGUGGUAAAGUACUGAGUUGUCCCAGUUCCCUUCAACUUCAUGAAAAUGUUCAUAGUGUAGAAAAACCCUGUGUAUGUAAACAAUGUGGUAAAGCCUUCCGAUAUCAAAGUUCCCUUCUACGGCAUGAAAGAGCUCACACUGGAGAGAAACCCUAUGAAUGUAAACAGUGUGGUAAGGCCUUCACUCGCAACAGUAACCUUCGAGAACAUGAAAGAACUCACAAUGAAUCAAAACCAUACCAAUGUAAGCAUUGUGGUAAAGCUCUCAGUUCCUCCACCUCCCUUCGAUCUCAUGCAAGAACUCAUAACAGAGAACAGUCCUAUCAGUGUAAACAAUGUGGUAAAGCGUUCAGGUUUCCCAGUUCCCUUAAAGUGCAUGAAAGAAUUCAUAGUGGAUACAAACCCUAUGAAUGCAAACAAUGUGGUAAAGCCUUCAGACAUCAUAGCUACCUUCAAGAACAUGAAAGAAUUCAUACUGAAGAAAAACCCUAUGAGUGUAAACAGUGUGGUAAAGUGCUCAGUUGUUCUAGUUCCCUUCAAUAUCAUGAAAGAACUCACACUGGAGAAAAACCCUAUGAAUGUAGGCACUGUGGUAAAACUCUUCGUUGCUCUAGUGCUCUUCGAUAUCACGAAAGAAUACAUACUGGAGAAAACCCCUACGAAUGCAAACAGUGUGGUAAAGCUUUCACUAUUUCCAAUUCCCUUCGAUAUCAUGAAAGAAUUCAUACUGGAGAAAACCCCUACGAAUGCAAACAGUGUGGUAAAGCAUUCAGAUUUCCCAGUUCCCUUAAAAUGCAUGAAAGAACUCAUACUGUAUGUAAACCCUAUAAAUGUAAACAAUGUGGUAAAGCCUUCCGAUGUCACAACUACCUUCAAGAACAUGAAAGAAUUCAUACUGAAGGAAAACCCUAUGAAUGUAAACAGUGUGGUAAAGUUCUCAGUUGUUCUAGUUCCCUUCAAUAUCAUGAAAGAGCUCAUACUGGAGAAAAAUCCUAUGAAUGUAAACAAUGUGGGAAAGCUUCAGUAGUUCCAGUUCCCUUCGAUAUCAUGAAAGAAAUCACCCUGGAGAAAGACGCUAUGAAUGUAAACAAUGUGGUAAAGCUCUCAGUAGUUCCAAUUCCCUUCGUUGCCAUGAAAGAAUUCAUACUGGAGAAACACCCUGUGAAUGUAAACUGUGUGGCAAAGCCUUCAGAUUUCACAGUUCCCUUCAAAGUCAUGCAAAAACCCAUACUCGAGAAAAAAUGUAAAUGUGGUUAAAGCUGUCAGACUUUAAUUCCCUUCAAAUGCAUGAACAACUCAAUGGAGGAAAAUACCAUAGCUAUAAAAAACUGGUGAAGACUUCAGUUUUUCCAGUUAUUUUUGAAAACUGGAGGAAAGCCCUAUGAAUGUAAGAAAUGUGUUAAGUUGUCAUUUGUUUUGGGUCCAUUUGAAGACAUGAAAAAACUUAUUUUAGAGAAAAUUCCUAUAAAUGUGUGGAACGUAAGAAUAUCUUCAUUUCUCUGACAUCCAUUCAAGGACACAUGAUAAUGCAUGCUGGAAAUAGACCUUAUACAUAUAAGCAUGCAUUCUAUAUUGAAACCCCAGUAGUUGGCACAUAAACUUUUUUUGGUUUUGUUGGGUACUGGGGAUUAAAUCCAUGGGUGCUUAACUACUGAGCAACAUCCCUAGUCCUUUUUUGUUUUUUAUUUUGAGACAGGGUCUCACUAAGUUGCUUAGGGUCUUGCUUAGUUGCUAAUGCUGGGUUUGAACUUGCUAUCCUCCUGCCUCAGUCUCUCAAGUCACUGGGAUUAUAGACAUGCACCACUGUGCCCAGUGACAAAUAAAAUUUUGUUUUAAUAUUUAUUUUCAAUGUCAUGAAAAGAAAGAAAUCCUAUAAGUGCAAGUAAUAUUGAAAUUUUGGUGCAAAUUAUUAUGUAAUAUUCCAAAUUUCACAAUAAGAAUGAAAUGUCACAGAAGUUAUGAUUAUAUUAUGUUUAUUAGUGGUUCAUACUGAGAGAAGGUCUCUGGACUCUUGAGUUUCCAUUUCUUUUCUUUUUUAAUAUUUAUUUUUUAGUUAUAGUCAAAUUUUUUCAUAAAUAUAUAAUGCAGAUUUGCUUCUUUUCAUUAUAGAAUUGCUUGUGAGCAGGUAAUAUACCUUGAACAUACUUCUCUAUUAAUGAAAACAUUUGGUUAUUGGGGUCCAUGUUUUAUUUUAUUUAUUUAUCUUUAUGUGGUGAUGAGGAUUGAACCCAGGGCCUCGUACGUGCCAGGCGAGUACUCUACCACUGAGCCACAAUCCCAGCCCUUGAGUUUCCAUUUCUUUAGCCCAGAAACAUUGAGGUGAAUAUUCUUGAUAUACUCAUGUCAAUUAACAAUGGGAUACAUUCUGAGAAAUGCCUUGUCAGGCAAUUUCAUCAUUAUGUAAAGAACCUUACAUGUACAUUCUAGUAAAUAGGCUAUACCACACAC